AUGACCGAUUCCAUACUCCUCGUCAAGACGGAUGAUGCUUUCGAUGGCUCCAUAUCAGGCGGGAGUGGCCGCCAGAACGCAGCCGAGUGCGAGAAAGAGAAAGACGCCAUCCAGAGCCAGAUGACAUCCCUCUGCGAGAGGGAGAAACAAAAGCUUCAGACUGAUUGUAAUGAUGAUGUCAGGAAGGCGGGGGAUAGUUGCAAUCAGGAAAAGUCGGCACUUGAGACGAAGGCGGCCACGCUUACACAGGAGAAGAUCCAAUGCGAAGCCGACAAGGCGCGAGGGCUUACGGAUGCUAGGGCGCAGUGUGAUAGCGACAAGUCUCGGGAGCUUACCGACGCUAGAACGCAAUGCGACGCAGAAAAGUCUCGAGAGCUCACCGAUGCUAGAACGCAGUGUGAUGCCUCGAAAUCCGCCAUCGAAAAGCAACUACAACAAUGCCAAAAUCAACAGGGUCAGAGUCAGAACAACCAGCAAGAAUCUCCGCAGCAAGCCGAGUGCAAGACCAUGUCAUGGCAAGGAAAGGUCCUAAAGCCUGUCGGUUCACACCAUGCUCUGUUCAAGGUGGACUGGAAACAGCCAUUCUAA